AUGAAUAUCCUUCAACGAGCUUCAUCAGCCGACGCUGGAGAUGCAGGAGGUUUUCAGCUUUAUCACUACCAUCCCACAGUUGUCGGAGGCGUUAUAUUCACGCUACUCUUUAUAUGUACAACCCUACUGCAUGGCUGGCAGUUGUACCGAGGAAGAUCUUGGUUUCUCAUCCCACUAACCGCUGGCGGUUUUUUUGAGCUUAUCGGAUAUGCUGCGAGAUGCAAGUCUGGCAACGAAUCUCCUGAUUGGACUCUCGGGCCCUAUAUUAUCCAGAGCAUCCUCCUUCUGGUAGCGCCAGCACUCUUCGCCGCAACGAUCUACAUGGAGCUAGGCAGAAUUGUUUUAAUGAUUGACGGCGAAGAUCGCAUCUUGAUUCCAAAGAAGUGGAUGACUAAGAUCUUUGUUAUUGGCGACGUCCUAUCAUUUAUCCUUCAGGGUGGAGGUGGUGGAUAUCAGGCUUCUGGAACUCUAGAAGCCUUGGAAGGCGGUGCUAAAGUCAUUAUUGGAGGUCUUUUCGUACAGCUCCUCUUUUUCGGCGUCUUUAUCGUCAUCGCCAUUGCUUUCCACCGAGCUAUCUUGCAGAAGCCGACAGGUCGUUCAGACAGUGGACUGCCUUGGAAGAAGCACAUGUUUGCUCUGUACGUUGGCAGUCUGCUAAUCAUGGUGCGUUCCGUGUUCAGAGCAGCCGAGUAUCUCCAGGGCUUUGACGGAUACCUUCUACGCCACGAAGCAUACUUGUACAUCUUUGAUGCGACACUUAUGUUCUUGGUCAUGGUCCUGUUCAACUGGUUUCAUCCGGCGGAGAUCACUAGAAUUCUCGAGGGAAAGGGGACUACCAAGGGCUACACCAUGCAAGCGUUCGGAGAAAACGCUUGA